UUAUAAUCUAUCAUCCUCUAUCCUUCUGCCUAUAUAAGAAAAGCUUUCAAACCAUAAAACAUAUCUAGUAAUCUUUGACAUAUCCCAUGGCAUCUGAAGGUGUUGUUGAGGGAGAGAAAUAUCGAUACUUCUUGCAUGGAGAAGAGAAGAACACCAAAUGGAAGUUUGGUGCACCUCCCAACUAUGAAGUUGUCAACAAGCUUUUCGAACAAGGCAGAACCAAGAUAUGGCCAGCUGGGUCACUAGAAGAAAAGGUACAGAACUUAGUGAAAACAUGGGAGAUGGAGCUUUUCCACAAAGUUAACAUUGAGGACUUCAAAACACUUGAUCCCAACAAGUAUACUUUCAGCCUAAAUGGGAGGAAAGGGAUAAACUUGGAAGAAAUAGGAAAACUAGGAGGAGGAUACAACCCUUUGCUUCAAACAUCACUGCCUGAGAGUCUGAGAGGCUAUAAUCCUGAUGUGGAAACAUCUGAAUCAUCGCACAAGGCUUUCACUACAACAUUCCCAAGAGGGUUUGCGUUGGAGAUUCUUCAAGUCAUUUCUGGGCCACCGCAGAUAGUUUACAAAUUCAGGCACUGGGGUUACAUGGAGGGCCCUUUCAAAAACCAUGCCCCAACUGGAGAACUGGUAGAGAUCUACGGAAUGGCCAUUUUUGAGUUGGACGAGAAUGAAAAGAUCGUGAAGGUGGAGUUCUAUUACGACCCAGGACAACUACUAGGAGGACUUUUGAAGGGUGCAAAAGUUGGCUCUUCUUCUUCUGAAGAGAUUGCUUCAGGCUGCCCAAUCUUAAGGAGUACUGGGUAGUGUGCGUACUCCAUGUAUUUGCUUACUCCAUACUUCGUAAAACUCUAUCAUCAAUAAUGUAUGCCCAGCUGAUAGAUGGCAUCACUCUCAGGGGCUGUACUAAGUGGAAUUAUUUUAUGAAUCAGCUUUUUAUCUUCUCAGCCACAAUUAAUGUUGGUACAAUUAAUGUCGGUACAAUUAAUGUUGGUUAGUCAAAGACUAUUAAUGAUGUCGGUUGAUUUUUGUUGUUAAUGUGUAAUAAGAAGGUUAUCUGUGUAUAUAUAUAUGUCGGUAGUUUUGACAUGUAAUUUUCGUAAGCCGGUAGUCUUGAGGUUCUUGUCCAUUGAAAUGUAAUCGCGGGUGAUUUCAGGUAGGGAGACGAAUGAAUAAUU